AUGAGCAAUAAAAAUCCAAUAAUGUAAGACAAUGCCUAAACUAAUAAUUCUUUGAUUAAAGAAAAUGAUUCGAAAGUUAUAAAUAAUAAAAGUUAAGCACAGUAAUUAACUGAGGAAUAAAAAUAACAAUAAGUAUGAUGCUUAAUAUCAUUUUAAGAUGGAUUAAUUUAAGAAAUUUUUACAACAAACAGGCAUAUCAGAGGCAUUUUAAGUUAUUUUUGCUGAGAUAAUAGAUAAAAGAUUAAAAGAGGAAGAUAGUUACAAAUAUACAGCAGAUAGAUUGAGAGAGAUUGGAAAAGGUUUGAGCACUGAAUAAAUGGUAAUUUAAUUAUUAAUUCUCACUAGAAAGCAAAAGCAGAGAUGUAAAAAAAAGAAUUAGCAGAAAAAAUGAAAAAAAAAUGAGUGACAC